GCGCACAGAGACAGGGUCCUUCGGCAGUCAAAGGCGCAGGAGAAGCCGUGAAAGCGGGGCCUGCGAUUUCGGCUUCGUUCGGUCGGCAUGUCCUUGGGGCCGGUAUUCCGCGGCGUUCGCAGCCGUGCGGGGCUUGGCGGUUUGCGAUUGGCAAAGCUUCAUGUUAGCUCUAAUUGGAACCUGACGUAUGGCUGGAUUGCCUAUAUGUUGGGAGAGAGAACGACAAAGAGGUUCAAUGAAUACAGCAAAGUUUUUACAGUGGAUGGCAACUUGCGCAGUGGCAAGGGCAAACUGGCACAGCAUAUAGCAGAAAAGCUAAAUAUGCGAUACUUCCCAGAAGCAGAUGCUCAUUAUUUAGACAGAGUCACAGGAGAUGGAAGAAUUCUGGAUUCAAAAUUCAGUGGCAAUUGUAGCUUGGAGACAUUUUAUGACAAUCCUAAACAUCCAAAUGGAAAUUCAUACCGUCUUCAAUACUGGCUGUACAGUAACCGCCUUUUGCAGUACAGUGAUGCACUAGAACACCUUCUAGCUACAGGGCAAGGAGUAGUACUGGAGCGCUCACCCUACAGUGACUUUGUGUUCUUGGAGGCGAUGUUUAAGCAAGACUACAUUCACAAAAGGUGUGUGGAGCACUAUGGAAAUAUGAAGCACCUGACCAUUUGUGAGAUCUUGCCUCCUCACCUGUCCAUUUAUAUUGAUGUACCUGUCCCAGAAGUGAUGAAGAGGAUUGAAGAGAAAGGAAAGCCAUAUGAAAAAAAGGUGUCGUCGGCUUAUCUUCAGAGCAUUGAAGACAUCUAUAAGAAAUCUUUCCUGCCAGAAAUCAGUGAGACCUCUGAGGUUUUGCAGUAUACAGCUAGUGAGGCUGAAGAAGUGGAUAAAGUCAUUGAAGAUAUUGAGUACCUGAAGUUCGAUAAGGGGCCUUGGCUGGAGCAAGAUGACGUUACUUUUCAUCAUCUGAGGAAAUUUGUAGAGGACAAGAUGGCGGUGGUCCGUCCUAUGAAUCUUCCCGUAUAUGUACCUGAAAUCACAAUAGGAGGCCUGGAGAUUGACAAAGUGUAUUACCAAUACAGGGAUCUUCCGGGCCGCAAGUAUGCUUUUGGUUAUAAUGCUGAUGUCGGAGACAAAUGGAUUUGGCUGAAAUAAAGCUUUGUGGGAGAGAUGGCAAUGUUCAGUUGACAUCUAAGCUAUGAUGAUGGAGCUCCUAUUAAUCAUCCAGCCCUUUCCACCUCCACAGGGUGCCUGAAGUGCAAGAAAACACUGAUGUGUAGAAUGGCCUUGUUGCAGAAGGUGCACAUCCUUCCUGAGGCCGUUCUGAAAUGAAUCCCACUAGGAAGACUUAAAUAAUUAGUGCAGCACAUAGGCUUGGUGAUUUAAACUGGGAUCUCAUCAUCAAAACUGUGGCUUAAUAUACCCUAAGAGUUGAGAUGUGAGUGAAAUAAAAUCCAUGGCUUGCA